AUGAUUUUCAUGUGGUCUUCCGACGGCGGCCGCACUCCCGCCGAAAAGCCUCCCGCCGAAAAGCCUCCUCCGAUGCCAUCCCAAACCGUGGCGCAGCAGAGGCUUUUGAUCAAGGGCGGCAAAGUCGUCAAUGACGACCGCUCCGUGGUGGCCGACGUGUACGUGGAAGAUGGAGUGGUGCAGCGCGUGGGACCCAACCUGCACCCCGAGCCACCCUCGGGGCUCCUCGUGGUGGACGCAACCAACAAGCUGGUGAUCCCUGGAGGCAUCGACACGCAUACACACAUGCAGUUCCCUUUCAUGGGCAGCAGGUCCAAAGAUGACUUCUACACGGGAACGAAGGCUGCUAUAGCAGGAGGCACAACUAUGAUCAUCGACUUUGCCAUCCCUCAGAAAGGCUGCUCUCUUAUUGAAGCCUUUGAUACUUGGAAGAGCUGGGCAGACCCUAAAGUCUGCUGUGAUUAUGCACUGCACGUGGGAGUUACGUGGUGGAGCAACAAGGUGAAGGAAGAAAUGAAAAGUCUUGUCCAAAGCAAAGGUGUCAACUCCUUCAAGAUGUUUAUGGCCUAUAAAGAUCUAUACAUGAUCAAUGAUGAAGAAUUAUAUGAAGCUUUUUCCCAGUGUAAGGAACUUGGAGCAAUCGCCCAAGUCCAUGCAGAGAAUGGGGAAUUAAUUGCACAGGGUGCAAAGAAGAUGCUGGCCAUGGGAAUAACUGGCCCUGAAGGGCAUGAGCUGUGUCGUCCUGAAGAAGUGGAAGCCGAAGCUACACAGAGAGCAAUCACCAUAGCGAAUGUUACCAACUGCCCCCUUUUUGUAGUGCACGUAAUGAGUAAAUCUGCAGCAAGGGUGAUAACUAAUGCACGAACAGAAGGAAAGGUGGUUUAUGGGGAGCCUAUUGCUGCUAGUCUUGGCACUGAUGGUACGAACUACUGGAAUAAAGACUGGGCACAUGCUGCAGGACAUGUCAUGGGACCUCCACUGAGACCAGAUCCUUCUACUCCUGACUUUCUCAUGAACUUAUUGGCCAAUGAUGACCUAUCUGUGACAGGGACUGACAAUUGCACCUUUGACACAUGCCAGAAAGCUCUGGGGAAGGAUGACUUCACCAAAAUCCCUAAUGGAGUGAAUGGUGUAGAAGACAGGAUGUCAGUUGUAUGGGAAAAGGGCGUUUACAGUGGAAAAAUGGAUGAAAACAGAUUUGUAGCUGUUACCAGCACAAAUGCAGCAAAAAUCUUUAACCUUUACCCAAAGAAGGGGAGAAUUGCUGUGGGUUCUGAUGCUGAUAUCGUAAUUUGGGAUCCCAAAGCUACAAGGACAAUAUCUGCAAAGACCCAUCAUCAGGCCAACAACUUCAAUAUAUUUGAAGGAAUGGUUUGCCACGGAGUCCCGGUUGCAACAAUUUCAAGAGGCAAAGUGGUUUAUGAAGGCGGAACUUUCAAUGUCACAGCAGGAGAAGGCAGAUAUGUCUCCCGUCCACCGUUCCCUCCAUACGUCUAUAGACGAGUCAGGCAGCGGGAUCAGGUCUGCCAGCCUGUUCCUGUUAAGAGAGCACCAUAUACAGACGCAGUCUCAGCAACUCCCAUCACACCACAGUAA